ACAUCUGAUUUCAUCAGUCAGUGUCAGUAUGACAUCUGUGAAUUUGGUGACUCUUAUGAAUCCACCAUGAUCGCUCUCUGCGUGUCUCUUGAAGCUUAUGCACGAGUGUGUGCAAGUCAAAAUGUGGUCCUGAACUGGCGGAGUGAAGACCUGUGUCCCAAACAGUGUCCAGACACGCAGGUCUACACUGAAUGCGGAACCCUUUGCCCACCAACCUGUACAUCAGCUAACACAGACCACUGCCCUGCCGACUGUGUGAGCGGUUGCCAGUGUCCGCAGGGAACUGUUCUCGAGGAUGGUAGAUGUGUUGAUGUCGAGGAGUGUCCAUGUGUGCAUAAUAGAGAGAAGUACCCGCCAGGGGCUACUGUGUCAGUCAAGUGUAACACUUGCACCUGUCAUUCAGGUAAGUGGUCCUGCAGCAAUGACGUGUGUCAAUCCACCUGUCAUGUGGUCGGUGAUCCUCAUUAUCUGACAUUUGACAAGAAGAAAUACACCUUUAUGGGUCACUGUCGCUACAUGCUAGUUGAGGAUUAUGUGGAUGGAACACUGUCCAUCAUUGGCGAGAAUCAAAACUGUGGUUCAGGACACUCAGUCACCUGCACCAAAGCUGUCGUUGUCAAAGUCAACAAUACAGAGGUCUACCUCAAGCAAGGCAAAGAGGUUGAUGUAAACGGUGUACAUAUCAAACCGCCAUUUGUCAAUCAACAUGUCUCUAUUCGCCGUGGAUCGUCCAAGUUUCUGAUUCUGGAAACGUUUGGAAUGAGCUUGAAGUGGGACGGAAUUGACAGAUUGUACAUCACCUUGGCACCUAGUUACAUGAAUAAGGUUCGUGGACUGUGUGGCACAUUUGAUUCCAAUCAGAAUAAUGACUUCAUGACACCAGCAGGUGACGUAGAAACCAACAAAAUCGCCUUCACUAACAAGUUUGUUGUCGAUCCAGGCUGCUUUGAGCCAGAGACCACAGUCUCUCUACCUCCAUGCAGUCUGAACUCUCACAUGGCAACUUUUGCUGAAGCGAAAUGUGGCAUUAUGAAUUCAGAUGUCUUCCGUGCAUGUCAUGGAAGUGUGAGUCCUGAUCUGUUCUAUGACAUCUGUAUGUAUGAUGUGUGUGGGUGCGAUACGGCAUUUACCACCAGCUGUCUCUGUGAGUCUAUCGCUGGGUAUGCUAUGGAAUGUGCUAACGAGGGAAUAUUUAUCGAUUGGAGAGAACAUGAACUGGUCGCCAAAUAUUGUGAUGUGUCAUGCCCCGGAAGUCAGGUUUACAGUACCUGUGGACCGACUUGUGGUCAAUCAUGUCGCGAUCUCAGCCUUGCUUGUAUUGAGACAGACUAUUGUGUGGAGGGAUGCAACUGUCCUGAGGGAUCGGUACUGGACGAUGAUGGCAAUUGUAUAUCACCAUCACAGUGCCCCUGCUAUUGGGAUGACCAGGUGUUCUCCCCCGGCACGGAAAUGGAACGAUCCUGCUUGACUUGCACGUGUGUGAAUGGUACAUUUGACUGUAUUGGAGAGGAAUGCAAUGAGACAAUCAUAUGUCCCAAUAAUCAGAUAUUUGACAAUCACGCUACACCGUGCCCAGUGACGUGUGAUAACCUAGACCACUAUCGACCAUGUGUUGCAUCCACGAGGCCUGGCUGUAUGUGUCCGGAGGGAUAUGUGCUCGAGGAUGAUAUUUGCAUUCUGCCAUCUGAAUGUCCAUGUUAUCACAGUGGUCAUAGCUACCAGCAUGGUGAGAUGUUACAGAUAGACGCCUGCAAUCAAUGUGUGUGCAAAGGAACUAUGUGGGAGUGCACACACAAGGUUUGCCCAGCUGUAUGUUCAGCAGUUGGAGAGGGUCACUACACAACCUUUGAUGGUCGCAUGUAUUCCUUUGUCGGUGACUGCCGCUACACCUUAGCCCAAUCCAUCAACAACACAUUCUCCAUUGAGGUUGAAAAUGUAGUAUGUGGCUCCAGUGGUAUCACGUGUACUCGAGCAAUUGAGGUCAACAUUGGUGACUAUGUUAGCAUCUUCUUGGUAAGAGGAGGAGAGGUCAUGAUCAAUGAGGUCAAAGUUCAACUCCCUAAGCAUUACUACUCGCUGCAGAUUGAGAAGUCUGGGUUCUUUUACACCAUCACGUCUGAUAUCGGACUCAGGGUGCUGUGGGAUGGAGGUACGCGAGUCUACGUUGAAGUCCAGCCUCACUUUGGUGGCCAGCUGUCUGGCCUGUGUGGUAACUUUGAUGGGAACCAGGAGAAUGACUUUACAGCGUGGAAUGGUGGUCUGGAACAGAGCGCUGAUAACUUUGCUAACAGUUGGAAGGUCAGCGCGGGAUGCCCUGAGUUGUAUCAAGAAGAUGUCUUGCAUCCUUGCACGGUGAAUGGUCACAGAGAGGCCUGGGCCAAUCGACGAUGCAACAUUCUCAUGCAGUCGACCUUUGAACCUUGUCAUGCUCACGUUGACCCUUCACCUUAUCUGGAGAAUUGUAUCUUUGACUCAUGCGGAUGUGAUAUGGGAGGUGAUUGCGAGUGUAUGUGUACAGCUAUAGCAGCCUAUGCGAUGGAGUGUUCACAGAGUGGUGUGCACAUCAAAUGGAGAUCACAAGAUCUUUGCGCCAUCCAGUGCGAGUACGGCUUCGAAUACUCAGCCUGCGGACCAUCUUGCCAAGAGACGUGUCAAACCAUUGGUGAUGAGAAGCCGGAAUAUUGCAAUGGUUGUGUGGAGGGAUGCCACUGUCCUGAAGGAAUGGUGGUGCAAGAUGGUGGAUGCGUGCCUGCUGAUGAGUGCCCAUGUUACCAUGGCAACACAGAAUAUCCUCCGGGCACAAUAAUAUCCAAGGAGUGCCAGAAUUGCACCUGUGUACGAGGGAAGUUUAAUUGCUUAGGAGAACCCUGCAAUAUCACAUGUUCUGAUCAUCAGUACCAGUGCGACAAUGAUGAAUGUAUACCUGCUGGAUGGACGUGUGACGGUGAAAAUGAUUGUAGUGAUGGUUCGGAUGAGAUAGAUUGUGUAUACACCUGCUCAUCUGACCAAUACACCUGCGGCAAUGGCCAUUGUAUUGAUGCAAGUUUCUAUUGUGAUGGCGCACAAGACUGCGAUGACAACUCAGAUGAAGUUGACUGCCCUCUGCCGAGUUGUUACGGUGGUGAAUUCCAAUGCAAUAAUGGCAAGUGUAUUUCUAGAGCCUUUGUGUGUGAUGGUGAUUUGGAUUGCGGCUUUAAUGAUCCAGCUGAUGAGGAAAAUUGUCAGACCACAACUGCAUAUUCCAAUGCAACAGUGACUGCCCACACAACAACUUUACAGGAGACUACUGAUGCUUAUACUACACCUUCAUACGCAUGCAGUCCAGAUGAGUUCACUUGUAAGAAUGGCCUCUGUGUUUCCGGAGGGAGCAACGGCAGCGUCUGUAAUGGCAUCAAUGACUGUGGAGACUCAUCUGACGAAGAAUACUGUGGAACCACACCACACCCACUUCAAACGACCACAGUGAUUGGUUGUCUUAUCAGCCAAUGGCGAUGCACCAAUACAAGUCAGUGCAUUCACUCUUCCUAUCGCUGCGAUGGUGUACCAGACUGUGAGGAUGCAUCAGAUGAACUGAACUGUGUCUAUUCAACAAGCAAACCAAUGACAACCCAACCCAACUUACCAUACAUUACUACCAGUCCAUCUUACAUUCAAGAAACAUCAUCUCAACCAGGGACGACUGUCCUAAGUACCAAGCCAUACACUCCGAAUAUAAGCCCAUUACCCGGGACUUCAACACCCAUACCUUAUGAAACAUCAACCCUUGAAAGAUACACCACAAAGGCAGUUGUAACACCUGUAUCACAAAACUACAUAGGAACAACCCAAUCACCAACCACACCUUAUGUAACCCAAGCAACGACAAAAUUAGUCACAGCAAUCCCUCCAAGUGUUGCUUCACCUCCACAAGUGGAAAUUACUACACCAUACCUAAAAGUACUGACCACUCCAUAUAUGACCACACCCCAUCUCCCUCCUGCCACAACACCAUAUGUACCAGUGGUGACCUCACCGUAUAUGCCUGAAGAGACAACUCCAUAUUUACCAAAAGAGACCACAACUUAUAUACCUGAAGUGUCAACACCUUACAUACCAGUAGCGACCACUCAAUAUGUGCCACCACUUACAACACCUUAUGUACCAGAGGUGACCACUCCAUAUGUACCACCAGUGACUACACCUUAUGUGCCUGAGGUGACCACUCAAUAUCUGCCGAAAGUCACCACACCUUAUAUACCAGAAGUGACAACACCUUACCUACCAGAGGUGACCACUCCAUAUGCCCCAGUGGUGACCACUCCAUAUAUGCAACUGGUGACAACUCCAUAUAUGCCAGUCAUAACCACACCAAAUGUACCGGCGGUAACUACUCCGUAUGUGCCAGAGGUGACCACUCCCGAUCUGCCAGAGGUGACCACUCCCUAUCUACCAGAGGUGACCACUCCCUUCCUACCGGAAGUAACCACUACCUAUGUACCAGCGGUGACCACACCUUAUAUACCAGAGGUGACCACUCCAUAUGUACCACCAGUGACUACACCUUAUGUGCCUGAGUUGACCACUCAAUAUCUGCCGAAAGUCACCACACCUUAUGUCCCAGAAGUGACCACACCUUACCUACCAGAGGUGACCACUCCAUAUGCCCCAGUGGUGACCACUCCAUAUAUGCAACUGGUGACAACUCCAUAUGUGCCAGUCAUAACCACACCAAAUGUACCGGCGGUAACUACUCCGUAUGUGCCAGAGGUGACCACUCCCUAUCUGCCAGAGGUGACCACUCCCUAUCUACCACAGGUGACAACUCCCUAUGUGCCAGCGGUGACCACUCCCUAUAGGCCAGAAAUGACCACUCGAUAUAUUUCAAGGGUCACCACAACUCAUAUGCCCAUGGUUACCACCCCUUAUGUGCAAGUAAUGACCACUCCUCAGACCACUGCAUAUGUUGUUCCAGGAACAUCAACACCUUUACCCUUGGAACAAUCAACAGUAGGUAGUUCCACCACCCAAUCAGUUUUAUCCCCCACCUCCCCUGCCUCUUAUAUUCAGACCUCACCAACAUUUCCUCCAACAAAGUCUGUCACUGACUUGAAAGAAUUACAUCCACCAACUGUAGUAGCAACCUAUGUGCCUCCAUAUGUUACAACACCCCAAGCUUUGAAGCCAACAACUCGAAACGUUCCAUAUAUAACAACACAGUAUGUACCAGAGGUGACAACCCCAUAUGUCCCAGCGGUGACCACUCCCAAUGUCCCAGCGGUGACCACUCCAUAUGUGCCAAAGGUGACCACUCCAUAUGUGCCAGAGGUGACCACUCCAUAUUUACCAGCGAUGACCACUCCCUAUCUGCCAGAAGUGACCACUCCCUAUAUGCCAGAAGUGACCACUGCCUAUGUGCCAGAGGUGACCACUCCCAAUGUCCCAGCGGUGACCACUCCAUAUGUGCCAAAGGUGACCACUCCAUAUGUGCCAGUGGUGACCACUCCAUAUGUGCCAGUGGUGACCACUACCUAUUUACCAGAGGUGACCACUCCCUAUCUGCCAGAGGUGACCUCUCCCUAUCUGCAAGAGGUGACCACUCCCUAUGUGCCAGAGGUGACCACUCCAUAUGUGCCAGAGGUGACCACUCCAUAUGUGCCAGAGGUGACCACUCAAUAUCUACCACAGGUGACAACCCCACAUGUCCCAGCGGUGACCACUCCCAAUGUCCCAGCGCUGACCACUCCAUAUGUGCCAAAGGUGACCACUCCAUAUGUGCCAGAGGUGACCAAUCCCUAUUUACGAGAGGUGACCACUCCCUAUCUGCCAGAAGUGACCACUCCCUAUGUGCCAGAGGUGACCACUCCAUAUGUGCCAUUGGUGACCACUCCCUAUCUACCACAGGUGACAACCCCAUAUGUCCCAGCGGUGACCACUUCCAAUGUCCCAGCGGUGACCACUCCAUAUGUGCCAAAGGUGACCACUCCAUAUGUGCCAGAGGUGACCACUACCUAUUUACCAGUGGUGACCACUCCCUAUCUGCCAGAAGUGACCACUCCCUAUGUGCCAGAGGUGACCACACCUUACCUACCAGAGGUGACCACUCCAUAUGCCCCAGUGGUGACCACUCCAUAUAUGCAACUGGUGACAACUCCAUAUAUGCCAGUCAUAACCACACCAAAUGUACCGGCGGUAACUACUCCGUAUGUGCCAGAGGUGACCACUCCCUAUCUGCCAGAGGUGACCACUCCCUAUCUACCACAGGUGACAACUCCCUAUGUGCCAGCGGUGACCACUCCCUAUAGGCCAGAAAUGACCACUCGAUAUAUUUCAAGGGUCACCACAACUCAUAUGCCCAUGGUUACCACCCCUUAUGUGCAAGUAAUGACCACUCCUCAGACCACUGUAUAUGUUGUUCCAGGAACAUCAACACCUUUACCCUUGGAACAGUCAACAGUAGGUAGUUCCACCACCCAAUCAGUUUUGUCCCCCACCUCCCCUGACUCUUAUAUUCAGACCUCACCAACAUUUCCUCCAACAAAGUCUGUCACUGACUUGAAAGAAUUACAUCCACCAACUGUAGUAGCAACCUAUGUGCCUCCAUAUGUUACAACACCCCAAGCUUUGAAGCCAACAACUCAAAACGUUCCAUAUAUAACAACACCGUAUGUACCAGAGGUGACUACUCCCUAUGUGCCAGAGGUGACCACUCCCUAUCUACCACAGGUGACAACCCCAUAUUUCCCGGCGGUGACCACUCCAUUUUUGCCAGCGAUGACCACUCCCUAUAUGCCAGAGGCGACCACUCCAUAUGUACCAAAGGUGACCACUCCCAAUGUCCCAGCAGUGACCACUCCAUAUGUGCCAAAGGUGACCACUCCAUAUGUGCCAGAGGUGACCACUACCUAUUUACCAGAGGUGACCACUCCCUAUCUGCCAGAGGUGACCACUCCCUAUCUGCAAGAAGUGACCACUCCCUAUGUGCCAGAGGUGACCACUCCAUUUGUGCCAGAGGUGACCACUCCCUAUCUACCACAGGUGACAACCCCAUAUGUCCCAGCGGUGACCACUCCAUAUGUGCCAAAGGUGACCACUCCAUAUGUGCCAGAGGUGACCACUCCAUAUUUACCAGAGGUGACCACUCCCUAUCUGCCAGAAGUGACCACUCCCUAUGUGCCAGAAGUGACCACUCCCUAUGUGCCGGAGGUGACCACUCCCUAUGUCCCAGCGGUGACCACUCCAUAUGUGCCAAAGGUGACCACUCCAUAUGUGCCAGUGGUGACCACUACCUAUUUACCAGAGGUGACCACUCCCUAUCUGCCAGAGGUGACCACUCCCUAUGUGCAAGAGGUGACCACUCCCUAUGUGCCAGAGGUGACCACUCCAUAUGUGCCAGAGGUGACCACUCCAUAUGUGCCAGAGGUGACCACUCCUUAUCUACCACAGGUGACAACCCCAUAUGUCCCAGCGGUGACCACUCCCAAUGUCCCAGCGGUGACCACUCCAUAUGUGCCAAAGGUGACCACUCCAUAUGUGCCAGAGGUGACCACUACCUAUUUACCAGAGGUGACCACUCCCUAUCUGCAAGAAGUGACCACUCCCUAUGUGCCAGAGGUGACCACUCCAUAUGUGCCAUUGGUGACCACUCCCUAUCUACCACAGGUGACAACCCCAAAUGUCCCAGCGGUGACCACUUCCAAUGUCCCAGCGGUGACCACUCCAUAUGUGCCAAAGGUGACCACUCCAUAUGUGCCAGAGGUGACCACUCCCUAUCUGCCAGAGGCUACCACUCCAUAUGUACCAAAGGUAACCACUCCCUAUGUCCCAGCGGUGACCACUCCAUAUUUGCCAGCGAUGACCACUCCCUAUCUGCCAGCGGUGACUACUCCAUAUGUACCAAAGGUGACCACUCCAUAUGUGCCAGUGGUGACCACUCCAUAUCAACCAGAGGUAACCACUCCAUAUAUACCAGAAGUGACCACUCCAUAUGUUCCAGCGGUGACCACUCCAUAUUUACCAGAGUUGACCACUCCAUAUUUGCCAGCAGUGACCACUCCCUAUCUACCUGAGGUAACCACUCCAUAUAUACCACCAGUGACAUCAGAGGUCGUAUACACUUCUACCCCAUAUUACAGGACGAGAGAACCUGAAUCCUGUCCAUUCUCCUACACACUGAUUGAUGAGCUCAUCCUCCAGCCUACGUCCUUUAACGCCUCCUCAACCGAGCCAGGCAAUUCUCCUGCCAAUGUCCGACUGGACCAACUCAAGCGUAGCACCUACAUUGCUUGGGCACCAGCUACUGAUGACCAGGGUCCUAGUGUGACCGUCGAUUUAGGAUCAGAGAAGAUCAUUAAUGGGUUAUCUGUACAAGGUGGUGGGUUCGGCACGGAUGAGUUUGUGACGCUCUUUAGUGUGUCGUAUAGCGUGGGUGGUCAGGACUACACACCAGUUGAGACAUCCGAUUGGGAUGAUGCGGUGUUUGAAGGGAACAGUGAUGACCAUACAAUACAGACAGACCCAUUGCCUGUUCCCAUAGUCGCUCGAUACAUCAAGAUCUCUGUGGUAGAAUAUCAUGGAGGAGUCAGACUACGGUGUGCUAUAUUAGGAUGUGACUUGUAUCUAGACUACACAUCCCCAGCUGCAUCUACUACCGUUGUGACAACACCGAGUGGAACCACACCUUCUACCUGUCAACCUGGUCAGUUCCAAUGUAGCAGUGGUAUCUGCAUCAACGCUGGGCCUGGUGGUCAACUGUGUGAUGGCAUCAACGACUGUGGAGAUUAUUCUGAUGAAAAGGGAUGUGGUACCACAGUACCACCAACCGCAACCGACAAAAUGACAUCUCCUUAUAAAGCAGUGACCACACCUUAUUUGCAAGAGGUGACCACUCAAUAUUUGCCAGCAGUGACCACACCUUACGUGCCAGACGUGACCACUACAUAUGUGCCAGCAGUAACCACACCUUAUGUGCCAGAGGUGACCACUCCAUAUGUGCCAGCAGUAACCACACCUUAUGUACCAGUGGUGUCCACUCCAUAUGUGCCAGCAGUGACAACACCUUAUGUACCAGAGGUGACCACUCCAUAUGGGCCAGCAGUGACCACACCUUAUGUGCCAGAGGUGACCACUCCAUAUGUGCAAGCAGUGACCACGACUGAUGUAUCAGAGGUGACAACUCAUUAUAUUCCUGGGGUCACCACACCAAGGGUACAAGUGACAACACCAAACGUGCCCGUCACCACUUCUAAAACACGUGAAACAACUGAAUAUUCUAUUCCAGGAACAUCAACACCUAUUCCCCUUGAACAGACAACAGUUAAGAGGUCCACCACCCAAUCACCUUUAUCCCCCACCUCCCCUUCCUCCUAUUUUCAGACCUUACCAACAUUUCCUCCAACGAAGUCUGUCACUGACUUGAAAGAAUUACAUCCACCAACUGUAGUGGCAACCUAUGUGCCUCCAUAUGUUACAACACCCAACAUUUUGAAGCCAACAACUCCAAGCAUUCCAUAUAUAACAACACCUUAUGUACCAGAGGUGACCACUCCAUAUGUGCCAGCCGUGACAACACCUUAUGUCCCAGAGGUGACCACUCAAUAUGUGCCAGUAGUGACCACACCUUAUGUACCAGAGGUGACCACUCAAUAUGUGCCAGUAGUGACCACACCUUAUGUAGCAGAGGCGACCACUCCAUACGUGCCAGCAGUGACAACACCUUAUGUAUCAGGGGUGACCACUCCAUAUGUACCAGAGGUGACCACUCAAUAUGUGCCAGUAGUGACCACACCUUAUGUAGCAGAGGCGACCACUCCAUACGUGCCAGCAGUGACAACACCUUAUGUACCAGGGGUGACCACCCCAUAUGUCCCAGCGGUGACCACUCCAUAUCUACCACAGGUGACCACUCCAUAUGUGCCAGAGGUGACCACUCCAUAUGUGCCAGAGGUGACCACUACCUAUUUACCAGAGGUGACCACUCCCUAUCUACCAGAAGUGACCACUCCCUAUGUGCCAGAGGUGACGACUCCCAAUGUCCCAGCGGUGACCACUCCAUAUGUGCCAGAGGUGACCACUCCAUAUGUGCCAGAGGUGACCACUCCAUAUGUGCCAGAGGUGACCACUCCCUAUCUACCACAGGUGACAACCCCAUAUGUCCCAGCGGUGACCACUCCCAAUGUCCCAGCGGUGACCACUCCAUAUGUGCCAAAGGUGACCACUCCAUAUGUGCCAGAGGUGACCACUACCUAUUUACCAGAGGUGACCACUCCCUAUCUGCCAGAGGUGACCACUCCCUAUCUGCAAGAAGUGACCACUCCCUAUGUGCCAGAGGUGACCACUCCAUAUGUGCCAGAGGUGACCACUCCAUAUGUGCCAGAGGUGACCACUCCCUAUCUACGACAGGUGACAACCCCAUAUGUCCCAGCGGUGACCACUCCCAAUGUCCCAGCGGUGACCACCCCAUAUGUACCAAAGGUGACCACUCCAUAUGUGCCAGAGGCGACCACUCCAUAUGUGCCAGAGGUGACCACUCCCUUUCUACCACAGGUGACAACCCCAUAUGUCCCAGCGGUGACCACUCCCAAUGUCCCAGCGGUGACCACUCCAUAUGUGCCAAAGGUGACCACUCCAUAUGUGCCAGAGGUGACCACUACCUAUUUACCAGAGGUGACCACUCCCUAUCUGCCAGAGGUGACCACUCCCUAUCUGCAAGAAGUGACCACUCCCUAUGUGCCAGAGGUGACCACUCCAUAUGUGCCAGAGGUGACCACUCCAUAUGUGCCAGAGGUGACCACUCCCUAUCUACCACAGGUGACAACCCCAUAUGUCCCAGCGGUGACCACUACCUAUUUACCAGAGGUGACCACUCCAUAUGUGCCAGAGGUGACCACUCCAUAUGUGCCAGAGGUGACCACUCCAUAUGGGCCAGCAGGGACCACACCUUAUGUGCCAGAGGUGACCACUCUAUAUGUGCAAGCAGUGACCACGACUGAUGUAUCAGAGGUGACAACUCAUUAUAUUCCUGGGGUCACCACACCAAGGGUACAAGUGACAACACCAAACGUGCCCGUCACCACUUCUGAAACACGUCAAACAACUGCAUAUUCUAUUCCAGGAACAUCAACACCUAUUCCCCUUGAACAGACAACAGUUAAGAGGUCCACCACCCAAUCACCUUUAUCCCCCACCUCCCCUUCCUCCUAUUUUCAGACCUCACCAACAUUUCCUCCAACGAAGUCUGUCACUGACUUGAAAGAAUUACAUCCACCAACUGUAGUGGCAACCUAUGUGCCUCCAUAUGUUACAACACCCAACAUUUUGAAGCCAACAACUCCAAGCAUUCCAUAUAUAACAACACCUUAUGUACCAGAGGUGACCACUCCAUAUCUGCCAGCCGUGACAACACCUUAUGUACCAAAGGUGACCACUCCAUACGUGCCAGUAGUGACCACACCUUAUGUACCAGAGGUGACCACUCAAUAUGUGCCAGUAGUGACCACACCUUAUGUAGUAGAGGCGACCACUCCAUACGUACCAGGGGUGACCACUCCAUAUGGGCCAGCCUUGACAACACCUUAUGUACCAGGGGUGACCACUCCAUAUGUGCCAGCAGUGACCACACCUUAUGCUCCAGCAGUGACCACACCUUAUGUACCAGGGGUGACCACUCCAUAUGUGCCAGCAGUGACCACUCCAUAUGUGCCAGCAGUGACCACUCCAUAUGUGCCAGCAGUGACCACUCCAUAUGUACCAGCAGUGACCACACCUUAUGUACCAGCAGUGACCACACCUUAUGUACCAGGGGUGACUACUCCAUAUGUGACGGCAGUGACCACACCUUAUGUACCAGAGGUGACCACUCCAUAUGCUCCAGCAGUGACAACACCUUAUGUACCAGGGGUGACCACACCGUAUGUGCCAGCAGUGACCACACCCUAUGUACCAGAGGUGACCACUCCAUAUGUGCCAGCAGUGACAACACCUAAUGUACCAGAGGUGACCACUCCAUAUGUGCCAGCAGUGACCACACCCUAUGUACUAGAGGUGACCACUCCUUAUGUCCCGGCAGUGACGACACCUUAUAUACCAGAGUUGACCACUCCCAAUGUGCCAGAAGUGACAACACCUGAUGUACCAGAGGCGACCACUCAAUAUAUGCCAGAAGUGACCACACCUUAUGUCCCAGAGGUGACCACUCCGUAUGCUCCAGCAGUGACAACACCUUAUGUACCAGGGGUGACCACUCCAUAUGUGCCAGCAUUGACAACACCUUAUGUACCAGGGGUGACCACUCCAUAUGUGCCAGCAUUGACCACACCCCAUGUACCAGAGGUGACCACUCUUUAUGUGCCAGCAGUGACCACACCUUAUGUGCCAGAGGUGACCACUCCUUAUGUACCAGAGGUGACAUCUCAAUAUUUUCCUUGGAUCACCACACCAAGGGUACAAGUUACCACAUCAAACAUGCCCGUUACCACUUCUGAAACACGUGAAACAACUGAAUAUACUAUUCCAGGAACAUCAACACCUAUUCCCUUUGAACAGACAACAGUUAAGAGGUCCACCACCCAAUCACAAUUAUCCCCAACCUCCCCUUCCUCCUAUCUUCAGACCUCAUCAACAUUUCCUCCAACGAAGUCCGUCACUGACUUGAAAGAAUUACAUCCACCAACUGUAGUGGCAACCUAUGUGCCUCCAUAUGUUACAACACCCAACAAUUUGAAGCCAACAACUCCAAACAUUCCAUAUAUAACAACACCUUAUGUACCAGAGGUGACCACUCCAUAUGUACCAGCAGUGACCACACCUUACGUCCCAGAGGUGAUCACUCCCUAUGUGCCAGCAGAUACAACACCUUAUGUACCAGAGGUGACCACUCCAUAUGUGUCAGCCGUGACAACACCUUAUGUACCAGAGGCGACCACUCCAUAUGCUCCAGCAGUGACAACACCUUAUGUACCGGAGGUGUCCACUCCAUAUGUGCCAGCAGUGACAACACCUUAUGUACCGGAGGUGACCACUCCAUAUGUGCCAGCAGUGACAACACCUUAUAAAAAAGAGGUGACCACUCCAUAUGUGCCAGUCGUGACAACACCUAAUGUACCAGAGGUGACCACUCAAUAUGUGCCAGCAGUGACAACACCUUAUGUACCAGUGGUGACUACUCCGUAUGUGCCAGCAAUGUCAACACCUUAUGUACCGGAGGUGACCACUCCCUAUGUGCCAGCAAUGACCACACCUAAUGUACCAGAGGCGACCACUCCAUACGUGCCAUCAGUGACCACACCUUAUGUACCAGAGGUGACCACUCCGUAUGCUCCGGCAGUGACAACACCUUAUGUUCCAGAGGUGACCACUCCCUAUGUGCAAGCGGUGACCACACCAUAUGUACCAGAGGUGACCACUCCGUAUGCUCCAGCAGUGACAACACCUUAUGUACCAAAAGUGACUACUCCAUACGUUCCAGCAGUGACCACACCUCAUGUACCAGAGGUGACCACUCCAUAUGUGCCAGCAGUGACAACACCUUAUUUAGCAGAGGUGACCACACACUAUGUACCGGAGGUGACCACUCCACAUAUACCAGCCGUGACAACACCCUAUGUACCAGAGGUGACCACCCCAUAUACGCCACAAUUGACCACACCUGUCCUUAGUACAUGCUACAGUGGUCAGUUUACUUGUAAGGAAGGAUCCUGUGUUUCUGGCCAGUCGGUAUGUGAUCAAGAGUGUGACUGCUCAGACUGCUCGGAUGAACAUGUUUGUGGCAGUACAGUUACACCAAAUACUUCAUCAUUUUCCCUCACUGAGACUACGACAUCAUAUAUGACUACUACAGAGCAACAACCAGCUAGUACCACACCAGAAGAAAAAAUAACAUCAUCAACACCAUCAGGUUGCACGUUAAACCCAUGGACCGAGUGGACGCCUUGCUCAUUAACAUGCGGCAUAGGUCAGCGGUCACGUGACCGUAGUUACAUCCAAUCAGUGCACGGCGGGGUUGAGUGUAACAACACAGAGACUCAUCAGGACGAAUAUUGCAACACAGAUCCUUGCCCAACUGAUGGUAACUGGACCCCAUGGAGUUCAUGGUCUGACUGUGACGUCACCUGUAAUGGUGGUACCUCGUACAGAUAUCGUAACUGUAGCAACCCACCACCUAAGAAUGGUGGGAAGGAGUGUGAAGGAGUUGCACUGGAGACAAAAGUGUGUAACCCUCAGACGUGCAAUACCUCUUGUGAAGCUGGCCGCGUCUAUGAUCCCGUCUGUGCAACUCGUUGCCCUUUGACCUGUGCUGACCUUCAAGUCGGAUCACUCUGUAUCGAGGAAUCCUGCGAGUCUGGUUGUCGGUGUCCUGAUGAUAUGCUGGAGCAGGACGGGCAGUGUAUCGCACAGAGUGACUGUGAUUGUUGGGAUGAGUCCGGGAACAGACAUGCCCCUGGAUCCGUCACAACUGAGGACUGUCGUAACUGCACCUGUGUUAAUGGCCGUUACACCUGUGAUGAAAUACUAUGUGCUAUCGAUUGUGGUUGGUCCUCGUGGUCUACAUGGACAACUUGCUCGAAGACGUGUGGCACAGGCUCCCAGCUCAGAUUUAGAUCUCCCAACAACCCACCAGCAUCCAACGGAGGUCUUGAAUGCUAUGGGUCUGGCGAGGAGGAACAGACAUGCAACACGGAUGAAUGCCCCACUGGCUGUGUGUAUGGCAACAAUACAUAUGCUGAUGGAGAGAAAGUCAUGCAAGACUUGUGUAAUACUUGCACAUGUAUGAACAACUCAAUUCACUGCACAGACAAUGUCUGUGAUGGUGGCUGGUCGUCAUGGUCACCAUGGUCGGCCUGCAAUGCAACAUGCGAUGGCGGAAUCACUGUCAGAUCACGAUCAUGCUCAAUGCCACCGCCUAGUAAUGGAGGGGUUGGGUGCGUAGGUGACGGAAUGGAGGUUGAAGAAUGUAACACAGACUCGUGUCCAGUUGACGGUGGUUGGUGCAGUUGGACAUCAUGGAGUCAAUGCACUAAGGAUUGUGAUAUGGGGUACAAGGAACGAUCUCGUAUCUGCGACUGCCCAUCUUCCGCAUAUGGUGGCCAGAAAUGCCCAGGAAUAGGCUCUGAACAGAGUGAAUGUGACGGAGAGCCUUGUCCAGUUGAUUGCCAUACCAACGAGUGGUCAGACUGGAGUUCAUGCUCAGCUACAUGCGACGGUGGUACAUCACACAGAUACCGUAAUGUUACAAUCCCCGCUCAGUAUGGAGGCAAAAAGUGCCAGGGACCUUUUGUAGAGACGAUGCAGUGUGGAGUGAAACCUUGCACUGUCUGUGACGAAGGUUUAGUUGAGGACGAAUGCGCUAACCGAUGUCCAAGUACUUGUGCUGAUCUACAAAAUGGUGCUGAGUGUGUGGCAGUGAACUGUACUACAGGCUGUCAUUGCCCUGAAAAUAUGGUUUUACAAGACGGCCAGUGUGUGUAUCAGCCUGAAUGCCGAUGUGUCUUAGAUCCGAUCAUCCUAGGACUUGCAAUUGAUAUGAUUGUCAUUCCUGAUGAUACCGGUGCCAUUCAGAUGAAUGAUGGGUCUAUUCAGUACAUGCCUGGUGCAACAAUCUAUCAACAGUGCAACAAUUGCACAUGUAGCAGUGGCUCAUUUGUAUGCACAGAAUUGGACUGUAAAGUUGACUGUGGAUGGAGUGCAUGGUCUGAUUGGUCUGAAUGCUCAGGCACCUGUGGUCGAGGCGAAAGCGGUAAAUACCGACAGCGAUUCACCAAUAAUCCUGAGGCGGCCUACGGUGGAUUGCAGUGUGAAGGGGAAGACACUGAAUACGCAUCUUGUGAUCUACAAGACUGCCCUUGUGGCGACAAUGAAGUCUGGAGCUACCAAGCCACAAACUGUUCAUCGACCUGCUACGACCUUUACAGCACCCACAUUGGGACCUCUGAGCCAGUCACCUGCACGAACGACCCACAGGAAUCCUGUACCUGCUUGCCUGGCUACUAUCGCGAUGGCUCCGGGCAGUGCGUGCUGCCUGCAGAAUGUGAGUGUUUGGAUGAGAACGGUGUGAUGCGUAACCAUGACGACGUCUGGAUGAAGGAUGGAUGUACAGUGUGCGCUUGCCUCAAUGGGGAGGCAGUUUGUAAGAGCAACUGCCAACCAAUCAACUGUCCUGCUGGCUUUGCACCGAUCUUUGAAGAUGGCCAGUGUUGUCCAAUUUGCCGCAAGGUUUCUGAGCCAGACACUUGCAGCUUGAUCUAUGAAAUCAAGACGGUUACAAACACACUUGGCUGUGUCGCACACAACGUCAACGUUACAUCCUGCGAUGGCCACUGCCGCUCACGCUCACACAUCAUCUUACUAGAGCCGUACAUGCAGCAGGAUUGUAGCUGUUGUCAUGGUGAUGUAGAGUCUGUGGAGUUGGUAACAUUGACUUGUCCUGAUGGAAGCAAGACCCAGGCCCCGAUUGCUAAGAUAUCUCACUGUCGAUGUAGAGAGGCUCUCUGCUCCAUACAAGCCGAGUCUACUGUUGCAAGUCUGUGAGGAAAAGAAAUUAAUAAAACUGUGGGAAUGACUGCAUGCAUUGCCCAGACCAUGGAUUGAUAAAACUCUUUAACAAUGCUGUUUAAUUAAAGUUUCCUAGACUAGUACCCAGUUUGAUGAUAUUAAGGCAUCAAAAGUGUUAUUGUCUUCACAAACAGCUUUCUAGGUACAAAUUGAGAUUUUCUUCCUUAUUUAAGUAAACAUCAAUUUAGAAAAUCAAAAUUUUGAAUUUCAGCGUAAGGGAAUGUUCUAAGAGAGUACAUAUUUUCUGGUUGAAUGAGGUUGCCAUAUUACAGUCAGUGAUAUUCAAAAUUGUGUAAUAUGCAUAACAUGACAAAAGAUAUAGAGAAACAUUAAUUUUAUGGAGCCUAAAUGUGACCUACUGUGGCAAAAUGAGGAAUGUCCUCCAAAACCAUGUUUUGAGUAAUCAACACCUGAAGUGGAAAAAAUCAUGUCAAAAUCAAUAUUGGGUUUUUUUCCGUAUUUUUGAGAAGCCAAGCAAGGUAUCCAAGAUUCACACUAUUCCUUUUUGUAGGGUAAAAAUGUCCCCAAAACUGUAAUCUCAAGAACGUUUUCCACUGCUCAUGGCGGCGCAAUGUGAAUUUCUUUCUUCAAAGCCGUUUUUCUCGAAAUGAGGUCGGCGAAGUUCGGUGGGACACUGUUGAAGUUCCUGCGGCAUAUUUUUGAAAUAAAUUUGGUAUCAUUGGAAAGCUAAUGAUUCGCCCUUUAACAUGAUUACGAAGCUUGAAAAGUCAAAGUUGGGGGUUAUUCCUCAUUAUGAUAUGGCAGGUCACAAAUACCACAGUAAAACACUGCUUAGAAACCAUUAUGGUAUUAUUAUAUUAUUCUUAAUCCAUCUGUGCAGCAAAUGUAGAUAGCGAUGUGUUGUAUUUACCCACAAGCCAGUGAGAGGCACCUCGUUCUCGCUAGUUUGCGCGUGUAUGGCGCGGAGUACAUGCAUGCUACCAAGUUUCUCCUGAAUCUGUGCACAAACCUAUAGCGUCUGCAGGAGGGAAUGCGAAGUCAACUUACCCUGAGAUACAGCUUGAUGUUCCCUCGCCACUUUCAUUCAAUUAGCGCGGCGCUUUGUAUUAAAUGCACAUUUUUCAUGUCUCUUUUAAUUCGUUUUGUAGAAAUACUUCUGUUUCCCGAAUAAAAUACCCGCAAUCACGAU